AUGGGGGUACUAUCACUACCCACAAAGGGGAGACGCCUGUACAGCAUAAAAAUUAUUGACAAGGUGACAAAGAAGAGCGUAAAAACAUAUGAGCAUUCGUUGUUUGUGCGGAAUGGGAAGGGAAAGAAAUCCACCGAGGAGGGUCCACAUCAUGAUGGUGGGAGUAUGUGCUCUACUGAUGGGGGACUUACAUUCGAAGAGAAGAAGGGGACCCCCAUAGUGGGCGUCAAAACUGAUGUGUGCAAAGUGGCCACAGGGAGGAAGUCCAUUUUUUAUGAAAGUGAAAGAAUUAUUAAAUGCGAAAGUGGAGCAGGGGGAGACGGAGCUGUCAGCUUCAAGAAGUUUAAACGGAAGGUGUUGGGACCGUUGGGCAUACCAAAUGGGGGGAAGGGAGGAAACGGUGGCGACGUGUACUUAUGUUAUUGGGACCCUAAAGGGGGUGGGCCUCUCACCCCGAAGAGGAAGCGAAGAGGGGAGGACAAACAUGUGUAUGUAAACAACUUGGCGGAGUUACCCUGCGUUAUUUCGGCCACGGGGGGAGCGAAGGGAAGGGCUAAUCAGCUGAGAGGGGAAAAUGGAAUGAGCGUUUUUUUGCACCUUAACAGGAUGUGUCACGUGUAUCGAGUGUUCCCGCGUGGGGGGGGAGAAGCUACAUGUGGGGCGGUGGCAGAAGGUGCAUGCAGACCGGUGGCAGACUCAAAGUGCACAGAUGAACCGUUGCACUUCUUAACAGGACGCACAUACAAUGCUGAGGGGACCCCCUCGGGUGACUCACAAAGGGACCCACAAAGGGACGCACCCCUGGUGGGGAGGAGCAACCAAGGGACCAACCCCCACACGAAGGGAGGUCACCACCAUGUAGUCACUUACAAGUCCCAAUAUGAAGACAAAGUAUAUAAGGUGAUAAAGAAGGAAGCCCCCGUUUAUGUAAAAAAAAACAUGCACAUUUUAAGGCAGCUGAUCAGGAUGGGACCAACAAGAGAAGGAGGGAAAGGGAACAACAUGCAAGAUACCUACACGUUUGGGAAAGGAGCAAAGGGGAGUACUGCCUACAUAAGGAUCGUUUACCGAUGCAUUAGCGACACCUGCUUUUUGGGGGUUGCCGGCUCGGGCAAGUCCACCCUGCUUUCUUUGAUCGCGCCGAAAGUACACACGGUGAAUAACCUGUAUGUGCUGAAAAAGAUUUUCUUCGCGGACAACUUCCAGGUGUCCGUCGCGGACUUUGCGGGCGACUGCGCAGAGGGGGCAGGCGGCAUAGAAGGUGUGGGCAGAGAAGAUGUAUGCGGCAUAAAAGAUCGAAGGGCCUUACCGGAUGGAAGAGGCGUAUCGGAUGGAAGAGCCGCAUCAGAUGGAAGAGCCGCAUCAGAUGGAAGAGCCGCAUCAGAUGGAAGAGCCUUAUCGGAUGUAGGCGGCGCACCAGCGCAGAGCCCCCACUUCCGCAUAAGCCCCAACGUGGCCCUCCACUUGGAACUCGUCCACGUCCUCGUCAUCGUCCUGGACAUGCAUCGCGAGCUGAUGCCCCAGUUUCGCGCCAUUAGGGAGGAACUGCGCCGGAGGGACGAGCGCCUAUCCCGCAAGCCAUACAUCGUUGCCAUAAACAAAUGCGACGUCCACUUCGCGGAGAAGAUCAAGCGGGCGGAGGAAGCCUACCGGGACAUCAAAGCCCACGGCGGGGACGACGUCCCCGUUUUCUUCAUCAGUGCCAAAUACGCAAUGGGGAUUGACAAAUUCGUUACGCACCUGCGGACGUGUGUGCAAAAGGUGAAGCACGCCAAGUGUUGA